AUGGCAUCCAACCCUCCGGGAAAGUGCUGCACCGUCGGCGUCAAGCAUGACGGCGAGCCGGCAGGCACCAGCAUCAAGGUCGGCAAGUACGAUGCCUACCUCGCGACGCCCGAAGCCUCCAAGGCGCACAAGGACGCCGCCAUCCUGUACAUCCCGGACGUCAUCGGCAUCUGGCAGAACAGCCAGCUGAUGGCCGACCAGUACGCCGCCAACGGCUACCUGUGCCUGAUCAUCGACGUCUUCAACGGCGACGCCAUGUCGCUGAACCGCCCCGACGACUUCGACAUCAUGGCCUGGUUGACCAAGGGCAGCACCGGCGACAACCCCCACACCCCGCCGGCCGUCGACCCCAUCGUCGAGGAGGCCAUCCGGUACCUCCAGAAGGAGAAGGGUGUCAAGAAGCUGGGCGCCGCGGGGUACUGCUUCGGAGCCAAGUACGUGGCCCGCCACUACAAGAACGGCAUCGCCUGCGGCUACUUUGCGCACCCGUCCUUCGUCGACGAGGACGAGCUCAAGGGCUUCAAGGCGCCCCUGUCCAUCGCCGCCGCCGAGACGGACCCCAUCUUCCCGGCCGACAAGCGCCACCGGUCCGAGGAGAUCCUCGCCGAGGGCAAGCAGCCCUACCAGAUCAACCUGUACUCGGGCGUCGAGCACGGCUUCAGCGUCCGCUGCGACACCAGCCAGAAGCACCAGAAGUACGCCAAGGAGCAGGCCUUCCUGCAGGCCGUCACCUGGUUCGACGGCUGGCUGUUAUGA